GAUUGUCGUCAUCACAUAUGAGAUGCUGAAGGCAAAUCAACAAUCAAACAACCUUAACGGUAGCAACAGAGUGUAAGUUAAAUCAUCAGUGUAUUAAUUGUGCUUAAAUUACUUCAUUUGAUUGUCAAUUGAUCAACUAAUCAUUCUCACAACAUUUGAUAAGUGAGAGUGUGUGUGAUUUUCAUCUGGUUUAGAUGGUAAAGAGACACAACCAAAUUGAAUUGAAUGUGAAACCGAAUCAGUUGUUGUUGGUUAGUCGGUGAGAAAACAUCAAGUUAAUUGUUUACAAUUUAAUUUCUCUCCAACAAUUACAAUCGGAUUGUAGAAAAAUGACUUUAAAGGAGAAUGUUGAAUCCAAGGUUAUUAGUGAUGAUUUGAAGAAACUCUCAUUGGUUAUGGAAAAUGAUGAAAAUGAUGAAUACGAAGAUGCUAACGACUCGAUUGGCGAUUACUCAAUUAACGGACAAAUCGUCCAGGUCAUCGAAGCAGCUAAAUUGUUUUUCGUUAAUCAGUUUGAUCGAGCACUCGAAAUAUGCAAACAAGGAAGUGAACAACAUCUCUACCUGACCCUCUCUUAUGGGACCAUGUCCUGGCUUCGAGCUUGGAUGACAUUUGAAAAGCCAGAAAUUGAAUCUGCCAUUGAAGCGCUUAAAAAAUCAGUCGAUUUAAGCUCAGCUAGAAAAAGAUCUUACUCUUGGAUGGAUUAUCUCAGACGAACGGAUUAUGAUACUUACACUGAAGAGGAAAUUCACGCGGAAUUGGCUUACGCAGAUUCGGUUUUCAUGUUGGCCUUAAUCACUUUCGUUCAAGAUCAAAGUUUCAUAAGUUUGAUUAAGGGUGCAUGUCGCUUCCGCUAUGGUUAUCAAUCUUACAAGGUUUGUCAAAAUAUUAUCCAAAAAAGGACCAAAUGGGAAUCGGAAACAACUCGACGUGAAUUUCAAUCUGGAGUUCAUGCUGGAACUGGAAUCUACAAUUUGGCACUUUCGAUGUCACCUCAAUGUGUAUUGCGAGUCCUCGAGUUUAUGGGCUUCUCUGGAGAUCGAGACAUUGGGAUUAACGAAUUAACUGCCGCAGCCGAAUUAGAAGGAACUGGAAGAAGCACAUUCGCCAUGAUUUUGCUUCUAAUUAACUUUUGUUACAUAGAAACAAUGAUUGGAUCUGGGAACAAGGAUUUAGACAGAAUUGAAAAUUUACUCAAUAGACAAGAGAGAUCCUGUCCAGAGAGUGUAUUCUUACCUUUGUUCAGAGGGAAAUUGUACCAAUUGAAAGGUCAGUGUAACGAAGCAAUCAAAUCAUUUAACGAAGCAAUUAAGAUACAAGAUGAAUGGAAACAGUUACACAAUGCUUGCAAUUGGGAGAUCAUGUGGGUUUAUGCAAUUCAAUGCAAUUGGUCAAAAGCGGCGGAAUAUGCUGAUAAAAUGAGAACGGAGAGUCUUUGGUCACCCUGUGCAUUCACUUAUCAAUACGCAGUCUAUUUGUAUAUGUUGAGGGAAGAGACCAAAGAUGAAUCGUUGACACCCAAAAUAACGGCCGCAAUUAAGGAAGUACCUGGAUUAAAGAGGCGAUUCGCAGGUAAAAGUACACCUCGGGAAAAAUUUGCCGUUCGAAUGGCGGAAAAGUAUAUGAAAAAUGGAGGAAAAAUGUUCGCACCCGCUUUUGAAAUUUUUUACAUUUGGAAUGUUUUCUCAAUCAUCAAUACACCGAAUCUGAUUGAACCAAUUGCAAUGAAAUUAGAUGAACAAUUAAAACAAUUUGGUAAAAAAGUUGAUAAAGAUUCAAUCGAUGAUUACUGUCUAUUACUACUGCUGAAGGGUGUUUGUUUACGGCAUCUCAAUAAACUAGAAGAAUCGGAAUCGAUUCUAUUGAAGAUAUUUGACCAUCAAGAGGACAUUUCAUCGAAUCAUUUUCUCCUUCCAUGUGCAUCACUCGAACUCGGUUGUUCUUAUAUCGAAAUGAAACAUCAAGAUGCUCGAGAUUGGAUGAAGAAAGCAAAUGGAUACAGUAAAUAUCCAGCAGAGUUAAUUGUCCACGUGCGAGCGCAUUUCGCUCUUAAAUCAAUUGAAGGAGAAGAGGAAGACUGACCAAUUGAUGGACAUAUGUAACUUUCUAUUCAUAUUGAAUUUUUAAUCCAUCGAAGUGGAUUAAGAAAUUGAUCUUGAAACAAAAAGUAUUACUUUGGAUUUCUCAUCACCAAUACUCAUACUUAAUUAGAGCCUUUGAUUAAUUUUAAGAAUUAGUUUUAUCUAAUUCAGAUUAAUCUCUUUUUUUUCUGGUUCGAUAAAUUUUUUAUCUUUUAUAUUAAUCAUUGUUAUUGUAUUUGUAAUCAACGAAUUAGUUUAAACUUGUCAACAAUUAAUCGAUAUUAAAGGAAUUUGCUAUUGAAA